UUCAUUCAUAAGUAUAGUCAUUCAUCUACAUGAGGUUCAUUACAUAGAUACGCAAGACGACGUGAACAAAGUCAAACAACCAUGGAAGCAAUAUCUUUGGAUUACUUAGCUCGGAAAAUACAGAAUGGGGACCCCGAAAAGAUGCUCGUGCUGGACACAAGGCCGUUCAUGUGCUUCAACGAAGCUCACGUGGAGGGGUCAGUCAAUGUCCAUUUACCACCGAUAGUGAAGAGACGCUCGGGGGGAUUUGUGGCCCUGGAAAACAUUGUACCUCGUGCCUCAGAAAGGGACGCUUUGAUUGCCGGGAAAUACAGUGAAGUUAUUGUCUAUGACCAGAACACAAGCGACUUGUGUUUAGCAGAGAAGGACUCCAACCUGUAUGUUAUUUUGCAGAGUUUGAAACAACAGGUGGAGCGGACGCAUGUGGUUUAUCUGACAGGCGGUUUCACAGCGUUCCGUUCUGCCUACCCAUCCUUGGUGGUGUGUCCCAAGUCCACCCCUCAAGUCUUGUCGGCUAGUCUGUUUACUCUGUCACUGCCGUCCGUCACACCAAACAAUAGCGGACCCGUGGAAAUUCUUCCUCACCUUUACCUCGGUGACGCCAGGCACGCUGCUGACCAUGACCUUCUUACCCGUUUGUCCUUCACCGCCAUCCUGAACGUUUCGACUUCCUGUGAGAACCAUUUCGAGUCUGACUUCCGGUACAUGAAGAUCCCCGUUCAGGACAAUUCGAGCGCUGACCUUCUGUCGUGGUUCCACAAGGCCAUCGACUUCAUCGAUUCAGUCCGAACAAGUGGCGGCAAGGUGCUCGUGCACUGCCAUGCUGGUAUCAGUCGAUCAGCCACAAUCUGCCUCGCUUACCUCAUGUCCACCAACAACCUCGCCCUCGAACAUGCCUACGAACACGUCAGGCAGAGACGCAGCGUCAUCGACCCCAACCUGAACUUCAUGCGCCAGCUCAAAGACUUCGAGAGUGAACUCGGCACAGCGCGUGUUCGCCGAAGUUCCAUCACAGGGCAGGACUGCACUCCCAUAACUCCCAGCAGCGUCGAGUGUGGCUUGUCGUGCCACACGUUCACAUUCCCUGUACCCGCACAGUGCGCACCCCUCGUCUCCCCCAGCUAGGGACGCUGGAGAAGUCAUCGACGUGAAUCAACCUUGCCUGCCUCCACAUGGGCUGUCACGACAUCGUCGUGUUUCGACGCCAAUCAUGGCGUUUCGUCACCGGAUGUGGUAUAGCGGCCAUAUUCCCGGAAGUGACAUUGACGCCAUUCUGCUAGAAUGAUGCUGGAUUCUGUCUCAAAUGGAACACUGCAGUUAAUGCGUCACUUCCAAGACUAUCACCAGCCUGGCGUAAAUGUAAGAUUUAUGCAAUUGUAAAUACGUCUACGGUGCUGUCACGGUAGUGACCAUAGCACUGAUCAAUAUGCGCUGCUGUUCAAUGUACAUAGCAAUAUAUACCGCUCCUUUGUAAUUAACGACCUAAACAACCAUACGUGCCAAAUGGGACUCCACGGAAAUCAGAACAAAAUAUAUUUCAUGUUGUUUCCGUCCCUGAUAUUGUUGUUACAUUGACCCAACUGUUUAUAACAGAGAAUAGCAUAGGAAGAGCGAUAUAUUGACUCGUUAACUUUUCUAUUGACACCUUAAAACGUUUUACAUUUCCCAUGUUUUGAAAUAAUUUCUGCAGUAACCAAAGCAUUGUUAAAGAGUCGAUGUUAGACACUGAAAUAACGAAUCAAGGAAACAGUCAUGUGUUUUUUGGUUCUAUCACCAGGUCUUGAUCUCAAACAAAUGUUUCUUAACAUGCCCUUCCCUCUCAAUAACCAGGAAAUAUUUUUUCUUAAAUGUUUCAAUGAUCUUGAUGUCAAGAAUAUUUUUAUUUGUGAAGGUUGUGAGUUCAUUUUCAUUUCAUAUUAUCGCCACGUGAAACCAAUUUUCAUUUAUUUCAAUCUGUUCAGCCCAUGUUGCAUAAUAGCACAUAAUAUGACUGCUCCACUUAACGAAGCGAUACUUUUGUUUAUUCUAAGCACAAUGCGGGACCACUGGGCUUUUAUGCUUGGUUCGUUGUAUACCUCAGUUAUUUGGCAAACCCAUGUCGAAACAUAAUAUUUCUUAACAGAUAUUUUUUCGUUGAUUUAUAUGCAAUGAAAAAAAGCAAUAACAGUUUUUCGUUUCUUAAUGUUUAUGGAAAGAAGACAUUUUCCCUUAUUUUUCACGAGAGACCUCUUUCCGUUAUGUUUUAUCGUACGACAAUUGCUCAUACAUUUCAUAAGCAAUCAAUAAUAGUUUUCAUUUUGUGUAAAUUUGGAACUUUUGUUAAUUGAAUAUGCAUGAUUAAGUCACGAAUACGUCAUUGUUGUUAUGGCAAUCGCCGAACCGGUUUGGAAUCUGAUUUGCUCAUGUUUUCCCCCCAUGCACUGAUCUGACCUUAUGCAAGGUGCCUUAACCCUUGUGCUGGAUGCACACUUGCAAUGCAAAUAUUGCAUUCAUCCAUAUUAUUGUAUAUUAUUCUCGAACUUGGACAGUUUUUCGAGUUUUGUCAAACUUGACGGGUGCUCCUGACGUGUAAUCACGCGAGUUGUAUAUUUUUGACAGUUUAUUAAUUUAUUUUGUACUGCUCUGACGAGAAUGUCAGGACUGGGUAUACCCCAGGCAUAAUGAACGUCCAAUAAAUGAGUUCAAGUUA